CACACACACACACACACAGACACACAAGUGCACUUGCUGUUUGGAGAUGAUUGUGUUAUUUCUUUUGCUCAGUAUUGUGGAUGGAGCGGAUUCCCAGAUACGCUAUUCUGUUCCGGAGGAACAGGACCAUGGCACGUUCGUGGGAAAUAUAGCCGAGGAUCUGAGCCUGGACAUAACGAAACUUUCGUCGCGCCGGUUCCAGACCGUGCCCAGCUCGCGGAGCCCGUACUUGGAGGUGAAUUUGGAGAACGGCGUGCUUUUCGUGAACGAAAAGAUCGACCGGGAGCAGAUCUGCAAACAAAGUGCCACCUGCCUCCUGCACCUGGAGGUGUUCCUGGAGAACCCUCUGGAGCUCUUCCGCGUGGAGAUCGAGAUCGUGGAUAUCAACGACAACCCGCCCAGCUUCCCCGAAACGGACAUCACGGUGGAGAUCUCGGAGAGCGCCACCCCGGGGACGCGCUUCCCGCUGGAGACCGCCUUCGACCCCGACGUGGGCGCGAACGCGCUGCGCACCUACGAGAUCACCACCAACAACUACUUCUACCUGGACGUGCAGACCCAGUCGGACGGGAACAAGUUCGCCGAGCUCGUGCUGGAGAAGCCCCUGGACCGGGAGCAGCAGGCGGUGCACAGGUACGUGCUGACGGCCGUGGACGGGGGUCUCCCUCAGCGCACGGGCACCGCGCUCCUGGUGGUCAAGGUGCUGGACUCGAACGACAACGUGCCCGUGUUCGACCAGCCCGUGUACACGGUGAACCUGCCCGAGAAUUCCCCCGUGGGGACGCUCGUGAUUCAGCUGAACGCCACCGACAUGGACGAGGGCCAGAACGGGGAGGUGGUGUACUCCUUCAGCAACCACAUCGCCCCCAGGGUGAAGGACCUCUUCAGCAUCGACGCGCGCACCGGCAGGAUCGAGGUGAGCGGAGACGUGGACUUCGAGGAGAGCAGCAUGUACCAGAUCUACGUGCAAGCCAAGGACCUGGGACCGAACGCGGUGCCCGCGCACUGCAAAGUUCUCGUCAAAGUGAUGGACGGGAACGACAACCCCCCGGAGAUCACCUUCAGCACCAUGACCGAGUCGGUGAGCGAGAGGGCCGCCCCGGGCACCGUGAUCGCCCUGCUCAGCGUCACGGACAAGGACUCUGGGGACAACGGGCAGGUCCACUGCGAGAUCCUGGGAGACACGCCGUUCAAGCUCAAGUCCUCCUUCAGGAACUACUACACCAUCGUGACGGACGGACCCCUGGACCGGGAGAACGCCGACUCCUACACGGUCACGGUGGUGGCCAAAGACCGCGGCGCGCCGUCCCUGGCCACCAGCAAGUCCAUCAAAGUGCAGGUGUCGGACGAGAACGACAACGCGCCCGUCUUUACGCAGCAGAUUUUCGACGCCUACGUGACGGAGAACAACGUCCCGGGCGCCUACAUUUACGCGGUGAGCGCCUUGGACCCCGACAUGGGACAGAACGCGUACAUCUCUUACUCCAUAAUGGAGUGCGACAUCCAGGGCAUGUCUGUGUCCACGUACGUGUCCAUCAACUCGGAGAACGGCUACCUUUACGCGCUCAGAUCUUUCGACUACGAGCAGCUGAAGGACUUCAGCUUCAUGGUCCAAGCGAAGGACUCCGGCAGCCCGGAGCUGUCCUCCAACGCCACCGUGAACGUGAUAAUCGGGGACCAGAACGACAACGCGCCCUCCGUCAUCGCGCCGGUGGGCAAAAACGGCACGGCGAAGGAGCCGCUGCCCAGGUCCGCGGAGCCGGGCUACUUGGUGACGCGCAUCGUGGCCAUGGAUGCGGACGACGGCGAGAACGCGCGCCUCUCCUACAGCAUCCAGAAGGGCAACGAGAACGGGAUGUUCCGCAUGGACUGGAGGACCGGCGAGCUGAGGACUGCGCGCCGGGUGUCCAGCAAGCGGGACCCGAACCAGCUCUACGACUUGUUGAUCGAGGUGAGGGAUCACGGGCAGCCCCCUCUCUCGUCCACGGCCAGCGUGAUCGUCAUGGUGGUGGACAGCGUGGUGGAGGGGCACAGCGGGGACCGGGGCUCCGCCAAGGUGAAGGAGAACUCCCUGGACCUGACCCUGAUCCUCAUCAUCGCCCUGGGCUCCGUGUCCUUCGUCUUCCUGCUCGCCAUGAUCGUGCUGGCCGUGCGCUGCCAGAAGGACAAAAAGAUGAGCAUCUACACGUGCGUGGCCGGCGACCGCUGCGGCGGCGCGUGCUGCGGCGCGUGCUGCCCGUGCUGCGGCGGCGGCGGCCGGCAGGCGCGCGCGCGCAAGAAAAAGCUCAGCAAGUCCGAUAUCAUGCUCGUGCAGAGCUCUAACGUGGCCGGCGCCGCGCAGGUCCCCGUCGAGGAGUCCGGGAGCUUCGGCUCCCACCACCAAAACCAGAACUAUUGCUACCAGGUAUGUCUCACCCCGGAGUCGGCAAAAACUGACCUCAUGUUCCUAAAGCCCUGUAGUCCUUCUAGAAGCACUGACACUGACCACAAUCCAUGUGGAGCCAUAGUGACAGGGUACACAGACCAGCAGCCUGACAUCAUAUCUAACGGCAGCAUUUUAUCCAACGAGACAAAACACCAGAGAGCUGAACUCAGUUACCUUGUUGAUAGACCAAGGCGUGUUAACAGUUCUGCUUUCCAGGAAGCAGACAUUGUGAGUUCUAAAGACAGUGGACAUGGAGACAGUGAGCAAGGAGACAGUGAUCAUGAUGCCACAAAUCGAGGUCAUUCCUCUGGCGCUGAUCUCUUUUCAAACUGCACAGAAGAGUGCAAAGCCCUAGGGCAUUCCGAUCGAUGUUGGAUGCCCUCCUUCGUGCCAUCCGACGGGCGCCAGGCGGCAGAUUAUCGUAGCAAUCUGCACGUCCCGGGGAUGGACUCUGUGCCCGACACUGAGGUAUUUGAAAUGCCAGAGCAAACUGGGGAGAGAUCGUUCUCCACCUUUGGCAAAGAGAAGUCACAUCACGGCACGCUAGAGAGGAAAGAGUUUGAUGCACUUCUGUCCAGCACACGUGCGCCUUACAAACAGCCCUAUUUGUCGCGGAAAAGGAUUUGCUAAUCCUUAUCGUGUGGACAUACCCGAGACAGCAUGAAUUUGCACAAUAGCUGACCAACAAAAGCAUCAAGUUCUCAACUUCAUUACUGUAGCCAUCUAGUCGAACCUUACUUUUUGGAUUUUUUUCUGCCUUUUGGGGACAGAGUAACAAGAUGGCAAACGCUAGGACCUUACUGCUCUCAGCAGGCCUGAGAAAUGAGUUGAAACGGAACUACAUACGAAGAAAAUUAACUUCUCCGAGGUGGAUUUUCGCCUCUCCGAUCUGUGUGUGCCUGUUUACAGCACUAUGUAUAUCUUCAAAUGUCACUGAGCCCUUUAGAUGUUUAUACUUACACCAAGAAGCCAAUUGUACAGGAAAUAUUUGUGCAUUAUAAAUGCAAUAUCACUGUUUUAGACUUGACUGUUUUAUAUUAUGUUUGUGUGGUCAGGUGUUCCAGAAUCUAGUCCAACUUUAUAAGGAAGAUUGUGAUCAUGUUUUUUAUUUUUCCUUUCUUUCUUUUUCAGUAAAGUUUUUUUUUUUUUUUCUUUCUUUUUCCACUAAGUGGGUCAGGACAGCGCUGGCCGACAACUUAAAGAGACAUUCUGUAGUUUAUAUCAUGUGUGCAAAGUGUUUACUGUACUAUUUUAAAGCCUCUAAAUAAAUAUAUAUCUAUAUACAUAAAUCAAUAUAUAUACUUUUUCUGGAAGUGUGAUAUCUAUUGGUCAGUUUCUUAUUCACUAUAGAUUUCCAUAAACUGGCGUUAAAUGCUAAAGAUGGCUCAAGAUGUUGUUGCGGGUUCGAAAAAAGAAGGCCUUAGUUUCAC